UUUUAGGGUUUAAGCAAGAUGGAGAGGUAAGCGCGACCGCGAUGGCGCUGCGAUUGCUCUCUACUCUGUCCGGCGCCUCCAGGGUGAGGAUCCACAAUGCCGGGUGGAUCUCUAGGGCGGGGAUGUGUUCCUUGGCCAGCAUGGAGGAGCGGCUGCGAGCUGUGGUGGACGGGCUCGGAAGUUUUCUCCACUCGGAGAGGAAAAUGCCGGCGGAGGUAGCGCAGGCGAUCGCGGGCAAUGCGUCGACUUUCGCGAGACAGGUGUUGGAUUCCUUCGAGAGCGCGCAUGGGCAGAAUUCCAGCGCUGAGAUUAUAGCGGAGAAGAUCCAGGGCCACCUCGCGAAGAUGAGAGUCGACAAAGUCUUGCUCUUCUACGAGAGCAUUGGGAUGGAGUUGCCGGGAGAUGGUGAUCCGGAGAAGAUGGCCGUGAUGAGGACUAGAUACCAGCACGUCGUCGCUGUGACGGCGUUCUUGGAAGAGCUCAAGGUGGAGAGGAAGACCGUGGGAAAUCUUCUCGAGAAGAACAAGUUCUUGUUCGAGGCAAACACGUCCGAGGUUUUCAAUCUCUUCCAGUACUUGCAUACAAACGGUGUGGUGGCCGAGGGACUCCAGGUGCUGUGCUCGCGCUAUCCCGGGAUUUUCACUCCAUCCAUCAAGGACCACUGGGAGCCAUUCUUGCAAGUUUUACGUGACUUUGAGAUCCAGGAGCCCGCGAUGAGACGACUCAUCAAGCAUUUUGGUUUUUUGCUACUGGAGCUUCCGAAGAUCGACUACAUCACGACGCUGGAUUAUCUCCAGCUGGAUCUGAAUCUGGAGAAGCCUGAGAUCUCGAGAAUUCUCAAGAGCCACCCGGAGGCUUUACUUCUCGACUUCAACAAAACGAUGAAGUCCAAAGUCAAGUUUUUGAGAAGCCACAAGGUCCACCCGGCGGAUAUAGCUCGUAUCUUUGCACGGUGUCCGAGCAUAGUCGGCUACAGCGUUGACAGCCUCUCCGAGAAGAUCGGCUAUCUCCAAGGACUGGGACUGAGGCCGUGGAACGUGAGGCAGAUAUUGGUUGCUUUCCCGGCUAUUCUGGCGCACAGCGUUGAGAACAAGAUGAAGCCUACGGUGGCGUUUCUGGAAGGUGCCGGGAUCACGGGAGAGAAACUCUCGAAGCUGAUUGUCAAAAGGCCGGCCAUCUUCGCGAUUGACAACAAGGAGAAGCUUCCGAGGCUGUUGAAAAAUAUAGCGUACCUGGGGCCGGAUGGAAUGGUGCUGGCUUUGUGCUGGGGUGUCGCGGAAGGCAUCAGGCACAUGAAAUCGCGCCUCAAGUACCUGCAAAGCCUGGGAUUUAGUGGCGAGGAUUUGGUAAAGAUGAUAUCCAGGGACCCGCGGAUCCUGAAGAUAAGCAAGGAUGGACUGGAGACCAAAGUGAAGUAUCUUACGGAGGUAAUGGGAUUAUCACCGCAGGCGCUGCUGGGAAACCCGACUUUCCUCUACAGCCACUUUGAGCGGAGGAUAAAACUCCGUUACGAGGUUCUCAAGCUGCUCCACGACAGAGGCGAGCUCUCGCGCGAGCCGCAGCUUUCGCAGAUGCUGUACAUGGACAACAAGGAGUUUAUGGCGCGCUACGUGAAUCCAUAUCGGCCCUGCGUGACUUUGGCGAAGAAGCACUAUCGGAUGUUCCAGAGGAAACCAGACGGCGACCACCUGUUCAUGAUGAAGUACCUUGACGAGCAAAAGGAGUCGCCGCUGCCGGAGGGCACCUCGAGACCGUGACAAGCGGAACAAAACGCAGACGACCGGGUUUAAAGCAGUGUAAGCAGUCACAGGAUUGACGCAAUAUGCUAGCUUUACAGCAGCACCACUAAAGCAGUGGAAAACUCCACUAGGGAGUAGAAGCUGUGUUGUUGGAUGCCCAAGGAACCAGACGUCUUCAUCAUGCAGGUGAUGAUGCUGAGCACCGAGUGGGGACAGGUUCUUGCCAAAAGCUGUAGUUUUCAUAGAAUGCCACUGAACGGUAAAAGAAAAAAGGGAGAAGCAAAAACGCAAAGCUGUCUCGAGCGACGAGGAGCACGCACAUUCAAGAGAUUUGGACAGUGGCAUCGGGUAGUAGUAGAAUUGCUGGAAAAUGCUGUGAUCAAUGUCUUUCUGCUGAGCAGCCAUUGUUUGUGGCUGGUAUGUGUGUCAGGGGAAAGAAAGAGGAUGGCAUUUACAACAGGCUUUCGACUGGGGUUCGCUGCUGCGACUGAGCCACUGCUGCUGCUACUGCUGCCGCUGCUAAGUUUUCGAAAUAAAGCCAAUUUUGCUGAUUUGCUUUCCGGUGGCCGCUGAGACCAACGCGAUACUGUAGCUGGAGAUGACACAAAGACGUCCUCCUGCUGGGCCUUGGACAGACUGCGAGAACUAGGAAGUGGGCUGUUCCAACUCCUUAUUUUAUCAUCGCGAGACAGGAAAGCAUAGUCUAUUCAUUUCCAUUCCGGCUAAUAUUCCUCCACAUCUGGCUCCAGGAGAAGUUUGUUCCGUCGACUUUCUUUCCCCGGCUUGGGCUUCAGGUGCUGUCGAGUGGAACGCAAGAUACACUUGGUCCUCCACCAACACGCUUGUGGUGUGAUCUUCCCUGUCAUGCAUGCGGUUUGCAUUGACAGCCCCCGAGCGUUUGCUUUCAAAGCCAGCCGGGAAAACAAACAAGAGCUGGAUUCUACUGGGAGGGAAAGUGAGAGAGAGAGAGAGAGAGAAGGAAAAAAUCAAUUUUGAUCGCGGAGGUUUGAUUUGUGUACCAAUGUUAAGCUCAGUCUAAUCUUUGCACUGCGUUUGAUCGACGAA